CCACGACAUACACGUCUGGUCUGUAUACGGACGUCGCGAUCAUACAUCAUCGAGCGCAUAGCGCCCCUUCUAGAACUGUGCCUACCUAUAUAUACCCCAGCUAUCUCUGCCCCCAUUGAACUAAACUCAUCAACCAUCUAGCAGUCUUUUUCUGGGACGUUCGUCCUUUUAGGCUCUACUGUUUUACCAAAUACUACAACAACCUUCCCAAUGCAGAACGUUCCGGGUCGCGAUUCGAGUUCCGGCAGGAAAGCUGCUUAUACAAACACUUCCAUGCCAAACACCCAUGGAACCGAGUGUACUGGAACCCUACCUACUCCGACAAGCCUUGGCCAAAAAACAGGUGAAAAUGCGGACUUCAGCUCAGCAGUAGUAGACCCGACAGCGGCAUUCCAGUUCAGCGACCCAUUCAACCAAAUUCUCUUUGGCUAUCCGACCGCUGCGGACCCCCUCCAUGUCAUCAACGAGUACAACCCAAGUCAGCCUGCCCACCCUGGAUUGCACGAGUAUCAGCCAGGAGGGGAAAUUCUAGAACAAUUGUUCCUGAGUCGCCCCCCGAUGGUCCCCUUGCCGGAAGCUGCUGCGGUCCCACCCGCGCUGACCUAUGGCAUACGCGGAGGUCGCGGGCAAGAACCCAUGAUACCCCAACUUGCCACACUCCGCUGCAAGUGGGAAGGUUGUACGUAUUCACGAUCCUUCAACAGGAGAGAAGAACUGCUCCGACAUGUCAGAAACCUCCAUGUUUCUCCCCGGUCUUACCCUUGCGAAACGUGCGGUCGGCGAUUCAAUCAGUCAUAUAACAGAGCGGUCCAUAUGCGGGUUCAUCAGAUGGGAGGGGUAUCACGUGGGUGAGGCCAAACACAUCACCGUUAUAUGCUCUUUUCAUCGCCACAAUCCUUUUCUUGUCUUACUUUGUUUGUUGUCUGGGGGAAUCGGGGUAUUGUUCGCGAAAG